GUAUUGAAUUGGGAAGGAACCGAAUGAUUCUAGCGUGUCAGGCGCUUCAAUCGCAACCCGAAUUAAACAUCCGAUGCGCUGCUCAACUCUACAAUGUCCCUCGUACAACUCUAUUUAUUGAAGUUAUGGUAGCGCUUAAGACUCAUGUUUUUUUGACGUGGUUUGACUACAUCGCGAACCGUCGCUUUUCGUUAUAUGUUGGGUUGGAGAACCGAGAUUCCCCCCGAGGAGUCUUGUUACACGCAAAGGUGGUCAAAGAUUUGUGAGGUUGUAAAAGCAUGACAUUCUAUCUAGUCCUAUGGAGCACGAAGGUUGGA